UGUGAAGUUUGUGGGAGACAUGUAAAAGGCUUACGAAACCUAAAAAGCCAUCAGGAACGUCACUCCAAGUCAUAUAAUUGUCACAUAUGUGGAGAAAACUUUACAGAAUAUAGAGACUUGGUUUCACACAAAGCUGAUUGUAAACAUAACUUAGUUGAAACCUUUCACUGUGAUAUCUGUGAUUACUCAUUUACUACUUCUAGAUACAAAGGAGCUGAUCUGUUGGAGAAACAUAAAUUUCGCGAACAUGAAGUCAGAGCCCAUCAAUGCCAUCUUUGUGGAAACAAAGCUUCAUCUCACAGCAGUUUGUUGUCACAUUUGAGAAAUAUUCAUGAACUGGAGAAGACUUUUGAGUGUCCACAAUGUCACAAAAAAUAUGCAUCUAAAUCUAUUCUGAGCGUUCACAUGAGUUUUCAUAAGAAAGAUUGGAAACACAAAUGCUCUGUAUGUGGAAAGGCAUACAAACUUAAAUCCCAACUGACCGUUCAUAUCAGAUCGCACACCGGAGAGAAGCCUUUUAAAUGUAGAUAUGGCGAUAAAGCAUUUAUUAAGAAGUACUACUUAAAGGGGCAUGAGCUAACUCAUAGUGAUUCUAAACCAUUUAAAUGUUCAAUUUGUGGAAAAAUAUUAAAUAGUUAUUAUCUUGCAACUCAUAUGAGAACCCACAGUGGAGAAAAACCUUACAAAUGUGGUGUGUGCAGUAAACAUUUUGUCCAUUAUAGUGGUUAUGCAAGACACAUGAAG